CGUCUUCUAAAGCAAGCUCAUUAGUCGCUCAGCAUUCGUCCGGGACACCUUACCGUGGAUCACGCUACACACACAUUAGGAACACCUCGGUGCCCCGUUUCACUCGACAUCCACCCUUUCGUUUCCCUCUUAAAACCCUUUCUCUCUCUCUUUCUUUCUCUCUCUUUCUCUCUCUCUCUCUCUCUCUCUCUCUCUCCCUUCCUCCCUCCCGUCGUCGUUCGUUCAUCGCGCGCCCUUUCGUUUCCACUGAGACGUUUGUCAAGACCAGUUAUCGAGAACCAGUUUACCAAUCAAUGAGCAAAGUUCUCAUCAGGCGUCGAGUCGAGAGAUCAAGUUCACCUCGCGCGCGACAUACCCGCGAGGGGAUGCAACGAAGCUCGACAGACUCUCGUGCACGUGCCAGUUAGUUGACUCUCGAACGGAGCGUCGAACUCGGACCACGCGUUUCUCUCCCUUCUCUUUCAUCAGAGUACUCUUUCUCCUGGUACUUCUCCUGGUUUGUACCCUCGGUUAUACGAGGUCCGUCCGGCUCCAGUGAAUCGUCUUCUUCAGUCCACCGACACGCACCUCCGAUGAUCCAGUGUCACGUAGCGUCCAUGUUCAUCGCGUAAAUAACUCAGUCGGUAUCGUGAUACGAAUAAAUAAUAAUCGACUCGGGAAAGGAAACAGAAGGGGGAGGAAGGGAAAGAAAAAAAGAAAAAAAAAAAACAGAUCGAGGAUCGAUCGGGCGAGCGUCGAGCAGUCGAGGGUGGAAGGCGGAACUCGGGCGGGCCGGGGUCAUCGACACACCGUGACGCGUCGGCCGCGACGGUGCUGUGGACACCGAAGGGGAGUAAGAACGAGGGUGCACGGUACCGAGAGCACGGUGCAGCAUCGGCCGAUGGUCGAAACAACGUCGACCCAACGGUUCACGAUCAAGUUACCGAUGCUGCAGCCACCGUCUCCUCUCUUGGAGAUGGCAUCGCUCCGUUUGCCAGACUCCGAGGAGUUCGACGUCGACACCCGCCGCAGGAGUAACAAUGGCAACGUACCGCCGACCACCGUCUCGGCCGUUCCACCGGCCACUGGCACCCUCUUGCAGAUGAAGAACGACAUUGGCGAUUAUCUGAACAACCUGAUAGCGGAGGCGAUCACGACGAACCCGAGGACGCCGAUGGAGGAGCACGGCGGAUUGUUGAACGCCAGUAAAACGGCGAACCUGUCCACCGCCGAACAGAUUCCCGAUCGAUUGUACAGGCACAGCAUGGCGAUGUCGGCGGUAUACUGUGUCGCAUACGUUCUGGUAUUCGUCGUCGGCCUGAUCGGCAACAGUUUCGUCAUAGCCGUGGUGUAUCGGUCACCGCGGAUGAGGACCGUCACGAACUUCUUCAUCGUCAAUCUCGCGGUCGCCGACGUCCUCGUCAUCGUCUUCUGCCUGCCUGCCACGCUGAUGAGCAACAUCUUUGUCCCAUGGUUCCUGGGAUGGUUCAUGUGUAAAGCGGUCGCUUAUAUACAGGGCGUUUCCGUGGCGGCCUCUGUCUACAGCCUUGUUGCGGUUUCCUUGGACAGGUUUCUGGCUAUCUGGUGGCCGCUGAAGUGUCAAAUAACAAAGAGGCGGGCUCGCAUGAUGAUCGUGGUGAUCUGGUUUAUCGCCCUGACGACCACAUCGCCGUGGCUGCUUUUCUUCGAUCUGGUGGCGAUUUACGACGACGAUCCGAACCUGAGGCUCUGCCUGGAGGUGUGGCCGCACCCCGAGGACGGCACCCUCUUCUUCCUGAUCGGCAAUCUAACGUUGUGCUACGUCCUCCCCACGAUACUGAUCUCACUCUGCUACAUUCUGAUCUGGAUCAAAGUAUGGCGACGGCACAUCCCGUCCGACACGAAGGACGCCCAGAUGGAGAGGAUACAGCAGAAGUCGAAGGUGAAGGUGGUGAAGAUGCUGGUGGUCGUCGUGAUCCUGUUCGUGCUGUCGUGGCUGCCUCUCUACGUGAUCUUCACGGUGAUCAAACUCGGUGGUGGCGUAGCCGAGAGGGAGGACGAGAUCCUGCCGAUGGCCACGCCGAUCGCCCAAUGGCUCGGCGCCAGUAACUCCUGCAUCAACCCGAUCCUGUACGCUUUCUUCAACAAGAAAUACCGUCGUGGCUUCGUCGCGAUCCUCAAGAGCGGACGCUGCUGCGGCAAGAUCAGGUACUACGAGACGGUGGCCAUGAUGUCAUCGUCGACCAGCAUGAGGAAGUCAUCGUACUACGUCAACAACAACAACAACAACUCGUCGACCAGGCGAACGUUCCACGGGCCGCCGGUGCACCAGGAGAGCAACGUUUCGUACAUAUUCAAUCACACCGGCGUUUAAAUUAGCAAGCACCGCAUGGGAGAUUUGAUGUUCGGGUAUUCCGAGGCUGACUGCCCGGAACGGGCUUCAUACAGUGAGCCGGUCCGAGAUUCUGGGUCACGCGUGAUCGUCACGAUUGUCACUCGGAUCGGAAGCCGCCGAUUACGGAGUAAUCCAACCAUGGAAGCACGUUGUUCACCCGCGUUCAUCGUCACCGUCGUCACACACCCUCGUCUCGUCUCUUCUUCCCCUACUCAUUUCUGUCUCCGCCUGUCGGUCGCAACUUUCCAUCGCGAUCGAACAUCCAUGUUGUCCAAUCAGCCAAUUGUCAACGCGGGAAACAACGAUUUCUCUCGAAAUCCGUCGUUUUUUCUUAUCGUCCCGCACAACGUGUGCGAUCGUAAUUUUCUUGGAAACGGCGCGAACGAUGUAUCUCGCCAUUUUUUUUUUUUUUUUAUUUUUUCGAACGGAUCUCGACGCGCCGUUGUCACGGAUCCCUUCUUUGCUUCGGGGUAUAUCCGGACCGGGCGCGAGACACUCUUUCACAUUUACUCGACCGAAGAAGAAGAACUGCGGCGCGUGGAUACUCACGUCGAGGUGCUCGGAUACUUCGGGGGCUUUCUCCCCCUCCCUUUUUUUUUUUUUUUUUUUUUUUUU